UAGGAGAGCGUUUGAUUGUUUGGUAUCUUUUGGAUCUUGGGAGUUGGAGAUAGUGUGCGCCCCGAUAAGAUCUUUCCAAACAUCAUCCUUGCGUCGAAGACACAUUCCUCGAUCACUGUCGACCAUGGCGAGACCCUUGGAGAAGCCGUUUGCCGAGGCAACCACAACGCCGUCGUUGUAUGGAAGAGGCACCGUGUCCAUCUGUCGUCGAGGCAACAAUGGAUCCAUCCUCGUGGCCGCCAUAAAUCGACCAAAGGUCAAAAAUGCCUUGAAUGACGACGUCUACGAGGACCUGAUAGAAGUGUUGGAACAAGCCAAGAACGAUCCCUCCAUUGCGGCAGUGGUGUGGACGGGCGCUGGAACCUACUUUUCUUCCGGUGCCGAUGUCAAUGAUGGGCAUUUCGAAACUGCAAACAAGAAAAAGGCAGUCACAGAAUCCAUUCUCCAAAAACCGGGAGGCCGCUUCAUGAUUGCCAUUGUUUCCUUCCCCAAAGUGCUCUGUGCGGCGGUGCAAGGACCUGUAAUAGGCAUUGCGGCCACGGCACUCAUGCAAUGUGAUUUGGUAUUCUUCUCCGAUAAAGCAUUCUUUUGGGCUCCCUUUUCUAGGUUGGCGCUAGUGCCAGAGCUAACUUCCUCCGCCACGUUUCUGGAGACCAUGGGAUUGUCCAAGGCGAACGAACUCCUCUUGUUGGGAAAACGCAUCAAUGCCCAAACGGCUCUGGAGUGGGGCAUUUGCUCUCGCGUGAUGAGCGACUGCGACACGGGAGGCGACCCAUUUCAUCCCCACAGUCUGGCCAGUCGUAUGUGUGCCGAAUUGGACCAAAACCUAUUGUCGUUACCCAAUGGGCAUGCCACGGCACAAGUGUUUACCGAUUUGGUCAAAGGAGCACGCCGUUCUCGCAUGCAUCAGGUACUCCUACGAGAGCUGGCAGUGUUGGAUCAGAGGUUUCAAAAUGGUGAAGUGGUAGAGGCAGCCAAGCAACUCGUCAUUGGGGGCACCAAGAAUAAAACACCGAGGAGUCGGUUGUAAUGUAAAAAGAUGUGAGGCUGUAUCCAUUGUAGAAAGCAUGAUCAUCUCCCC